AUGGCGGGACGCACACAUGUUUUUGCGUAUCUCCGUCUUUUUCUAUGCCUGGUGGCAUUAGUGAGCCUUCGCAGGAGUGGCCUUCCGUCGUCAACAGCGUCGACAGAGCGUGGAAAUCGGGUGGCCCAUUUGUGGACAAUAACAGCUUCUCCAAGCACCGCUACCUGUAAAGGCGAACUGUUGUGGUGGGCAGGCGUUAGGCCUAACGGCCGGCCUUUAUCCGCUGGCUCAAUCCGCCGUCAACCGCAUCUCAUCUGGCUCCUCCUCAUCGCCGGUGACGUGCCCCCCAACCCUGGUCCGCGGCCCACCUGCCCUCGCUGCUCCCGGUCGGUGUAUGACAACGUGGCCGCACUUCAGUCUGACGGUUGUGACUUCUGGCUACACCGAAAAUGUGAGGACGUAUCCUUUGCGUCGUAUCGCCGCCUCUCCUCAUCAUCGUCAGAGUGGCUCUGUGCUGCAUGCCAACUUCCGCCCUUCGCCGACGACUUGUUCCCGUCCGAGCAGAGCCGAGUCGUGAACUCCAACACCAGCUCCUCCGAACAACCGGCAGUGCAGGCUUCCCCCGUGACCAUCGCUUCCCCACCGCUUCCCUCUCCUCCGUCGGCGGCCAAGAACACCAACCUGGGAAUAUGGUUUUCGAACGUGCGCUCGCUGAAAAACAAACUGCUUGACUUCCGCACUCUUCUCCUAUCCUACCCGGACACAGUAUUUGCAGUUUGUGAAACUUGGCUUGACCGCUCAAUACCUGACGGGCUUCUUGUGGAUGUGGAAAGUUUUACUAUCUUCAGGAAGGACCGAGCCACGAAUGGAGGAGGUGUGCUGGUGAGUGUACCCUGCCACAUGACCUGCCGGAAACGCCAGGACCUGGAGCAUGAGCACCUUGAGGCUGUAUUCGUCGAGGUGAAUCACCACCAAGGAAAAGUGCUGAUCUGCUGUGUUUACUGCUCCCCAACCUCACAGUCUACAUCCUACGAUCUCCUCGGCAACUCCCUCAGGCGGGCUGGAAUGGGCAAUUACCUGAACAUUUGUGUGCUGGGAGAUUUCAACGCGCAUAUCGACUGGACGGAUCCAUCUGCACCCAUCCCAUCGGCCCCCAGUGAUGAUAUGCUACUUGAUAUCAUGGAGACCGGCGGGUUCCUUCAAGUUUGUUCGGAGCCCUCCUAUAUUUCACACUCUGGGAAAACGUCCUUCCUAGACCUGGCCUUCAUUACCAAUCCAGCACUUGUAUCGAGCUGUUCCCUUGAGUCCAGUCUCCCUGGCUCCGACCACCACGCAAUUUAUCUCGAGAGCCUACUCAAGCCGCCAAAAUCUGGUCCGCACGCGAAGCGAAUCCAGCACUUCUUGAAGACUGACGGAACGCACCUUCAAAACCUGCUGCACCUUGCACCCUGGUCCCUGGUGACUGAUGAACCUUGUAUUCACGAUGCCUACGACCUCUGGUUAGAUCUCUUUUCGGCCAUAGAAGCAGAAUGUGUUCCCACAAGGAUGACGACUGGCCGGCAGCGACCAUGGAUCACUCAAGAUAUCAUUCGGCUCUCCCGUAAGAAACGCCAGUUAUUCAAGAAAGCACGUAGGACAAAAAAUCCACUCCACCUCAGCACAGCGCAGCAAGCACAGAAAAGUCUGAAAAAACUAAUCUACUCUGCACACAGGGCCUAUAUGGAGUCGAUUGCAGAGAAAGCCAUCCAUUUCCCAAAGCUUUUUUGGGCCCAUGUAAACAAUCAAAGAAAAUCAUCCUCCCGUCCUGAAUUCUUAGUUAACGGAAGCCAGCCCGAUCCUGGCAAAACUUUUCACAAACUCUCUUCGUGCCGGCUCUGUCCCCCGACAAUGGAAGACUGCACAAGUCACCCCGAUACACAAGGGAAGCGGGCUGUCCAAGUCACUCGUGUCCUCGUACCGGCCAAUAUCAACUACAUCCAUCGUAUGCAGAACAAUGGAGAGAAUAGUUAA